CUGCACUCGGAAGUCUUCGGCUAUUUCCGCGCUCCCCCGCGGCUCGAGAGGGCAGGCUGCUCCGAUCGCGGAGCCGAGACGCCAUUCAGGCGAGCAGACUUCGGGCACACCUGGCCGGAACCUCCGCCACCUUUAAGCGAACAUAAGCUAACUCUCACAGAAAAAGUUGACUUUGUCUGACGUUCUACGACAAAAACACGAGCGACCGAGGAGCAGUUCGUGGUUUAUCUUCAUUUGACUUCCUUCUUCCUGUCAGCUGCCGCCGUGAGGAAUGUGGCGUGAUUAAGGAGUGAAAGUGUGGAAAGUUGGAAUCGUUAAGCACCUCGGCAGCAGCUAGCCAGUCUAGCUUCAUGGCAACCGGCGGCUUCAAGUCGAACGCCACCACGGACUUCCUGGAGGAGUGGAAAGCCAAGAGGGAGAAAAUGAGAGCCAAGAUGUUGGGUGACAUCGCCGCCGCUAGCAACAGCAGCCUCCCGGCGGACGAACCGCAGCGCCCGGCCGCCGACCCGAGGAAGGCUCCGCCGCAGACGGACGGAGGAGCCUCGGCCUGCCCGGACAGAGCCGACCGAGCGGACAGGCCGUCCCCGGGCAGGGAGAAGAAAAGCUCCGGUCCGAGUGCCAGGAAGGGCAAAGGUCAGAUCGAGAAGAGGAAGCUGAGGGAGAAGAGGAGGUCAACAGGUGUCGUCAGCCUGCCGUCCAAUGAGAGCCUGGAUGAACUGGACGAUGACGAUGGAGAUGGCAGGGAGAAGGACGGGCGGGAGGAGGAAGAGGAGCAGCUGGUCCUGGCCAACACCUUCCAGAAUGAGGCCAUGACGGCCGAUCCGGCGACAGGCCUCGUCAGGGACACGCCAAGACCAGGAAGUGGGCGCCCCAAAAGCGACGAGGAGCUGGGCGCUAACGGCCGGCACGGCCACAGCCGCCAGGGCCGGGACGCGGCGCCAGGAGGUGCGGAGAGGAGGUUGGAGGAGCUGGAGAAGGAGCUGCUGAGCGAGCGCCAGGAGACGGCCAGGCUGCUGAAGGCCCACCAGGACAAAGACCACCUGAUCGACAAGCUGAAGGAGGAGAUCCACCUUCUCAACAGGGACCUGGAUGACAUUGAGGACGAGAACGAGCAACUCAAACAAGAAAACAAAACUCUGCUCAAGGUGGUGGGUCAGCUGACCAGAAGAUGACAAGAUGAAUAAUCAAUCUACUGGAUGCUGGACUCUCAGGCUCAUCAAGUACUCGUACUGGUCCCGGAUCAGACCGGGCAUAUGACUUCUAGUCUUUGGCUUUUGCUUUAGCUUUUGGCCGCGGCAGGCGUCCAACAGGAUCAAAUAAAACACACUGAUGAAAGCUGAUUGGAUGUGGUCACGGCACAACCAAUGGCUGAUGCCAGGGGGCGGGAUUUUCCAGCUGCUGUCAAUCACAUGAAAGGAUUUAUGCUAAGAAAAUAUCACCGAUGGAUAUACUAUUCCCACUUAGGAGACCAGGGUUCAAUUCCACCCUCGGUCAUCUCUGUGUGGAGUUUGCAUGUUCUUCCCAGUGCAUGCGUGGGUUUUCUCCGGGUACUCCGGUUUCCUCCCACAUUCCCAAAACAUGCUAGGUUAUAAUUGGCGACUCCAAAUUGUCCAUAGGUAUGAAUGUGAGUGUGAAUGGUUGUUUGUCUGUAUGUGCCCUGUGAUUGGCUGGCCACCAGUCCCGCAACCCUCGUGAGGAAAAGCGGUAGAAAAUGAAUGAAUGAAUGAAUGAAUAUUCCCACUUCCUUGUGAAUAAUAAUCCACAUCCGUUGUCUUUAUUCCCAUUUCCGUUCGCCAACCGCCGUAUUCAUGAUUCCAUCUUGUAUUCCUCAUAGCGGCUUUAGGAACGCCUUUUUAAUUCCCGUUUCAACCUCAUGCCACUAAAAUGUCUUGUGGUAUUCCUGCAAAAUUCCGACUUUUUCUCCUGUUGAAAGCUUUUUCCUUCAGUAUUUGGAUUUUAUUUGUAAAAAUUACUGCAGAUUUUUGUAAUUUUUGCUGAAAUAUUUCAAAUUUUUGCUAUAAAAACGACAAUGUGGUUAUUUUUCCUCAUAUUGUUAUUUUAGUAAAACGCCGCCAUGAUGGAAGGGGUUGAUGCCGGCCAUGUUUUUUUAUGUUUUAAGCUGCGGCCUUGAAUGCAGCACGAAAGCAGAGUAAAAGAUGAGCGACAUCACCCGGAGGCGUCUUCACAUCCAAAGGAGAUGCGUGGAGCGAUAGGCGGAGCUUAUCUUGUAGCUGAGAAAGGAGAAG